GUCAGCGCUGAGGUGGAGCAGAGCCCCGUAGUGAAGACACGGGCUACAACACGCACUGAGAAAUUGGUAGUCUGGGAUGGCACCAAUGCCUGGUCCCACACAACAAACACUUUCCCCAAACGGUGAGAAUAAUAACGACAUCGUUCAAGACAAUGGCACCAUUAUUCCUUUUCGGAAGCAUACAGUGAGAGGGGAGCGUUCUUACAGUUGGGGAAUGGCUGUCAAUGUGUAUUCAACGUCGGUAACCAGUGAGAAUAUGAGCCGGCAUGAUAUCAUGGCUUGGAUUAAUGAUACUGUGUGUUUAAACUACUCAAAGAUUGAGCAGCUUUGCUCAGGUGCAGCUUAUUGCCAGUUCAUGGAUAUGUUGUUCUCUGGCUGUAUUAGUUUGAAGAAAGUAAAAUUCCAGGCUAAGUUGGAACAUGAGUAUAUUCACAAUUUCAAACUGCUGCAAGCUUCUUUUAAAAGAAUGAAUGUAGAUAAAGUUAUUCCAGUAGAACGAUUGGUUAAAGGUCGCUUUCAGGAUAACUUGGAAUUCAUCCAGUGGUUCAAGAAGUUCUUUGAUGCAAAUUAUGAUGGUAAAGAGUACGAUCCAGUGCUUGCUCGACAAGGUCAAGAUGCUCUUCCUCCACCCAAUCAUGGUGAACAAAUUUUUAAUUUGCCAAAGAAAGCAGCAAGCUCACCAAGUGCAGGUGCUGCUGCUCCAAAAAGCACUCCAUCUCCUAAAUCAGCGUCAACACCAUCUAGGCCAACUUCAGCUCAAGCUAGAAAGACAGCAGGAGCAAAAAGUGGUGGUGAUGCAGAAUCACAUAUUGCACAAUUGAAUGAGCAGGUGAGUUCAUUAAAACUCGCACUUGAAGGAGUUGAAAAGGAAAGGGACUUCUACUUUGGGAAACUGAGAGAAAUUGAACUCAUAUGCCAAGAACAUGGACAGGAGAAUAUUGAACUUGUUCAACGACUCAUGGAUGUGCUCUAUGCUACUGAUGAGGGAAUUGCAGGGCCAGAUGAUGGUCAGGUGCAGGCUGAAGAACUGACUCAGGAACCAGAAGAAUAUUGAUAGCGCAAGCAUCUAUUUCUGAAUGAAGAGCACACUGAGGACUUCUUGGAAUGAAUUACUUCAGUUUGAACAUAAGCGUUUUAUCCUGCAUACUCUGCAUCAGCAAAGUACUGUAUUCCUUCCCCAUUAUCUUACCAUCAUGCAGUUGCAGCAAUUGCCUUUGCAUAGGAGAUUAUGGUAAUUUUGGGACUAAAUUAACACUUUGCAUUAUGGCUAUGUUUAGGCAAAAAUACAGUUUGACAACAUUAUUGAUUUAAACUAUAAUAUCCACUGAAGUUUUAUGAAGUAUUUUCAUUGAUACAAAAUGCAGUAUUACAAAUCCGUAUACAUCAUGUAUAUUUCUGAAAAUUACAUGGAGAAACUGGUCAUACAGAUAUUUCUACACAAUAUAUAGGUAAUCACAGCCUAUUUAUAAGAACACAUCAUUGACGUAAUGGGUACUUAAAUCUGUAAAGUCUUAUUAAGCUGUAACUUGUUAUGAAAAAUAUCCACAAUUUUGUUGCAUGAUAGAGUAGAUUUGUUUUCAAGACGUGAAUUUCAGUUACUUUAUCUUUCUAAUUUAAUAAAUUAGAUGUAUGUUUAUAUUUAUGGUCUUUGUAUAAAAGUCGACAUAAGAGACCUGUUACUGCAGUGAUGCAUAUAAACCUACAUUCACCAGGAGCUCGGCUAAAUAACAAUAUACUGAUGGUUUUAUGGUUGUAACACUUAGACGGCAAAAGAAAUUAGAAUAAUAGUAUGUGCAUGCAAUUUGGAUACAAUCUGGUUGCUGCAUCAAUGGUAAAAAGACCUGAAUUUGAAUGAUAGUCUUGACUGGUAGCAACAUAUCAGCUUACCUUUGAUGAGAUUUGCUAGACUGGGACCAGUUAUUUGCUAGAGAGAAAAUUUGAGAGGAGUGAUUCUUCCUGCACUUAUUAGAUUUGACUGUAUAUCAGCUGAGGAUUAAUGUUCAGAAAUUCUAUGAUGGUUGAUGUGAAACUCAUUGAUUGAAGAGGAAAUGUGGAAGGUCAUUUUAUAAAACAUGGUGCCUGGAAAUAGAAAUAACACUUGGCAUGUAUUACUAGUGUAGACGGGGAAAUCAACUGGUCUUAGCAAAAUUGUUAAAUAUGUACAUAUUGUACACCUGUUGUUGAAAUUUAAUACAUCAGUUACACAUGACAAAAUGUGUGUUUUCAUCAUGAGUUUAUUGUUUUUUUAUUCUGUUGUUAUUUUUUUGGCUUCCAAAACGGAAUUUUGAUGGCUUUGUAAAAAGGAACUUUUGACAUAUGAAAUGUAUAGAAAUAUAAUUUACUCUGCCACUGGUUUACCUGUUUCAGUUGCAGAUUUGGAAAUGAACAUCAAAUUGGGAGCGGAAGUAGACCAUUGGCUCCUAAAGCCUGCUUUGUAAUUUCAUUAGAUCAUGGUUUACUUCAUUGUAAUCAUAACUCCCACAUUUUUCCAGUCACUGUUCAGCCCGAGCUUUUCAAGUAUCUAGCUACCUCUGUCUGAAAAAUGUUCAUAGAUUGAUUCUAUUGCUUUUUGGAAAAGAGUUCCAAAAACUCAAUUGUUAGAAAGAAAAUUGCCUCAUUUGUUUUAAAUAGGUAACCCUCUUUCCCCACAUUUUAAUUUUAGUGUGAUUGACAGUGAUGUGCAGUUCUAGAUUCUUCCUCAACAGCAUACAUCCUUUUCACAUCCAACCCUAUUAACAUCCCUCAGUAUAUUUUACUCUUCAACCAAGUUGGCUUUUAAUCGUUUAAGCUCCAGUGGGUAAAAAUCCAACAUUCCCUCCAAACACAACCUGCCUAUUACAGGUAUUUGUCAGAUCAAUCGUUUGUGAACUGCCUUGAAUGUAUUGAACUGCUUCCAAAAUAUUUACAUAAAUAAGAUCAAUACUGUACACUAUAUGUGGUUUGACUUGUGUCCUCUAACUGGUAUACCCCAGCUAUAAACACAUUAAUAGCAUAUGAGCUUUUUGCAAGUAAUGCAGGAGGACAUCUCUGAAUCUUAGCUGAUAUUUUUGCUUUUCUGGGAAAAGGGGGAAAAUUAUCAUUUCCUGCAUUACAUUCUUUGAUCACUAAGUUAACCUAACAAAUCUGUUCAUGGUCUCCCAUUGUCCAUUUAAAAAAAAAAAAAAAAACUUGUUUCUACCUAUCUUUGUGUCAUCACAAUAUUUAGAAACCGUACCUUUUUACUAUUUUCAUCCAAGUCGGUUCUAAAAGGUGUAAAACAAUGACGUCCCAGCAGCAACUCUUUGGCACACCACUCAUUGCACCUUCAAGCUAAUAUUUUGGUGCUUUGGCUUUUAUACUUGGAGAAAAAUUAUAGUUGGCCCAUUGUCUCAUUGCAGAAAAAGAGAACUAAUCUGCAUUAUUGCUUUAAAAUCUCUUAACUAUUUAUGUAGCAAGUUUCAUGUUUCCACUUUCCUUUGUGUGCAGAAUUAUCACUUGACAGCGCACCCCAAAAGGUGUUCAGGAUUUUCCUGCCAUAGAAUGUUUAUACUUCCCUAACGGUUCCUUUUAGUUAUCCUAAAUAUCUCUAAAUCAUUUAAUCGUUGAUACUCAAAGGAAUGGAAGCCUAAUUAAAGUUUUCUGCACUUGGUAUUUGGGUAAAUCUACACUAGUUUUUUACCACCCACCAAAGCCGAUAUAUCCACCUCAUGGUGCAAUAACCAGAAAUGAAUACAACACUGAAUUAAUUCCAUCUGGAAAUUUCAUAUAAUGAAUUAAACUUCCACUAUUUUGAAAAGCGGCCCCAUUGUAAAAAAAAAUAAAGCUUAGUAUUCGAUUCGACUUUCCCUUUAAAUUUUAGUGAUUUCUGUACUUCUCUCUCAUGAACACUCUUCUCUUCAAUAUUCUCUUCUGAUCCCUCACAUCCACUGCUCCACAGCUCUUUGCUUUGUAUCAGUUCAAAAGAAAAAAUGAACUCGACAUAGAUCCAAAAACGUUGACAGAUUGAAUUACUUCAAAUUCAGUUUUUGUACUCAAUGUUUUUCUACAGCUUUUUGCUCUUACAUCUAACUUUCUAUCAUGAGAAAAUUCAGACAGUCUGCUCUGUUCAACAAUAUUAGUUGUAUAUAUUAAUAGCUGUAGACCCAUUUUAGAUUUCUUAAAGAUAUUAAAGGUCACAUUCUGAUAAUAGAAGAAUGUACAUAUUAUUCCUUUUGGCUUGUACUUCUAAUCAACACCAUCUGUCCUGAUGUUAUGAGCUUAUUUCUGAUUUUUUAUUUUAUUAUAUUUGUUUUCAUUUGGAUCCUUGUGAAUGGCAGCCUUGAAAUAUUCAUUAAAAUAAGUGUAUAAACAGUUCCUUUUUAAAUUAGUAAUACAUUCAAAUAAAAUUCAUAUAAGAUUUGUCAGACAGUGCUUAUUUUUUCUCUUGUCCAAACAGACAAGAGAAGUUGUUUCAAGGUACAUUUCUCGGCAUGUGUUCCUUGCUUAAUUUGUAUGUUUUUCUCCACUAUAUAGCAUUUAAAAAAAAUUUUUUUUAAUUAUCCUUGAUUGAUGUCCAUGCAUUCUUGGAUGAAACUAAUUUUGUCAAUGUAUUUAAAUCUUUAGACUAUUUUUCUGCAAGUCGAUGGGUAGGACAAGUUUGGUGGGAUGUGGGCAGAUGGGACUAGUGUAGGUGGGACAUGUUGGCCGAUGUGGGCAAGUUGGGCCGAAGGACCUGUUUCCACAUUGUUUCACUCUGACUCUAUUGGAGGGGGAGAGAAAUAAUUGAUCAUAGCGACAAUUGGACCUGGUUGCUAAGUUGUCAGAAAAAUUGAAAUUGAGGUAGUUCACAUACUAACUUGGAGCUCAGAUUUUGUUUUGAACCAAAUCUUUGUAGCCUUUUUGCUAUCCGAGGUGAAUGAUAUCUAAUUUUGUUAGUGCAUUUAUCUUUAUUCUGACAUUGUCUGGUUGUGUUUUGUAACUGUUCUAUAUAAGAGUUAAUAUCAAUUAGCAGUUAAUAUCAAUAUAAAUGUAGCAGUUUUACAAAAUUCUUAGAUUAAAAAAAUCAAGUCUGCAAUUUAUCCCAUCAGAUAAAGCAUAAAAACAAGUUUAAUUUGACACCUAAUUCACUUUCAUAUCUUCAGUAUUAAAACAGUUAUGGCCAUUUUCAUACUCGGAAAUUAGCUUCUUGUUCCCUAUUGCUUUUUCAUUGACGUAACACAAAAGCUGUGAUCGAGGACAGUCAAUAGCCCAUAACUUUCUUAAAAAUUAAGAGAACUGAAUGAAAUGUUCAGUUAUUAUAGAUUGAAGCAUUCUGAAACAAAUAUAAACCAUCUUAUUUGGAUGACCUGAAAUUACAUAUAAUCAGUUAAUUACCUAAUUGUAGCUAAUUACAAAAUUGACCGUUGUGACGGAAAUAGGAAUAAACACCCAGACUGCCUUGAAAAUUCAAAAAUGUGAUAUUCUCAAGAUCAGAACUUUAAUAUUAUUGUAUUAUAUGCUGUAAGUCCGUAACAGAUAGGUAAAUAAAUUACAAUUUUUAGCAAUAGACCAAGUCUUUAUGGAGAAGAUCAGUUGCUAGCUGAUACAUUGGCAUAUCAUAAUCAGUAGCAUCAUCAUACUCCUCAGAUUGUAACCUACACCUUGUUUUUCCUCAUCUUUUCAAUUUUGCAAUUGUAAACUACAAGCUUUUGCUCUACAAAUCACACAUGACAUGCCUUUCUGCCCACUACUGUCCCAUUAAGAAUGUCCUGUAUAUUCAAUUUCUUAAGAAAAUUUUAAAAAAUAGCCUAAUAUCCAAAUAACAAACUAAUCCCAUUCACACAAGAAUUCACAAUAUAACAUGAUUUUUAAAUCUCACUGUCAUGAAUUUAUAUGCCAGAUGGAAGGAAUUUAAUGUUUAAUUCCCAUAAAUUAAUAUAGAAACAUCCACUCAAUAUAAUCAACAUUUUUUUUUUUUGCACAAUACAUGGGACUAAAACUGAUAUUUAGUAUAAAAAUAUUGACAAUGGAUAGACAAUAACGUAAAAUAUAGGUGAUUUAGAUGCUCUUAUGACAUGAUUGUCCAAAAUAUCAUCUUGCGAGUGGGUAUUUCUGGAACACUAUCGAUUAGAACAUUGCAUUUACGGUGAAUUUGAACCCCAUAUCAGCAGGAAAGACACCGCCGAAUCGUAUGGGGCCCAAAUAACAUUUUUGCAACGUAACAUUAGAUUAAAGCCAUCCCAAGAAGCAAGAUUGUAUGUAAAAUAAACGACUUACCGUUUGUUUUGUCCCGUUCUUGUGAUCCGUCACGUUGUAGGUGUUGAGUGCAUUAGAAGUCGCCUUUUAUUUUAAUCCAAUUAUUAAAUUGUCUAGUGAUUUUAUAAUU